CAGAGACUAUCGGAUCUCGUGUGAUUGUCCUCCUCCUCGCGGCUGUGGACGACAUGUUGGCUCGUGCCUGAUGUGUUUGUGUUGCACCUGAGGACGAUGUGCGCGCUCUGCACGCUGCGCUGAGGCUCCGGGAUAAACAGGUGAACCACGGGACUGGACCGCCAACGGAAGCUUCGUUUCUUUUGCCGUCAGCAUGGCUGUGAACACGUUGCCAGACGCCGCCAUUUGGUCAGAGGACGAACAGCCGUCGCUGCUGGAGGAGGAGGACUCUCUGUCCAGCCAAGCUGCCGUCUCCGGGCCGUGCCCGGCGGGCGGAGGGGAGCCGGUCUGCACACGGCCGCCCCGCAGCAAAUCCAAAGACGAGCUGGUCAUCGUCAUCAACGAGAAGCUGAAGAACGGUAAUGGGAUCCACCCGACGUCCGCAGAGAGCACAUCUCCGGUCAUCUGCUCUCCUCCCAGAAGGCAACACUCCAUUUCCUACUCCCAUCACAACAAGACCCGGAAGGGCAGCAGGGCGAGCUCCAUCGGCUACACCGCCUUCUCGCCCAGGCCGUCGAUCUCUCGCCACUCCAGCAUCGCCACCACGCCGCCUCUGGACCGCACCAAGGUCAAAGACUACCUCUUCCUGUCUGUGCUGGCCUGCUUCUGCCCCGUCUGGCCCAUCAACAUCGUGGGCUUCGUCUACUCCGUCAUGUCCAAGAACAGUCUGGAGCAGGGAAACCUGGACGGCGCCGUGCGUCUGGGCCGCGUGGCCAAGAUGCUCUCCAUCGUGUCGCUCGUGGGAGGGACGGUCAUCAUCGUCGCCUGCGUUGUCAACUUGGCGAUAAAUGUGAAAACCUGAGUUUCAUCCCGGGAUGAAACUGGAUAAGGCAACUGACCGUCUGGCCCGCACCUGCACCACCGUCCUUACUGCCGUGUCAUGUCCCGGAUCUGUGACGAGUAUGCACCCGAUAUACAGUGCUUACUUGUAUUUCUGUAAUCUAUAUAUAUUUCCUUUUUGCUCAUGGAAGAAAAGAAAAAAUGCAAAUGCUGCUGCUCUGUCAAGAGGGGGGGGGGGGGGAGGAGACGGUCUAAACAGCCUCAACAAAAUAUCCGCCCUCGUCCGUCCUUCACUGCAGCCGGCGGCGGGACGCAGAGCUUCGGCCGGCUGUCGGAUCCCCCCGGUGCGCGGAGAGGCUCUGGGAUGUGCGGUAGCGUUGAAAUCACAGAGCAGGAAUCCACUCAAUCCCCUCGCACUGAAGGAACACUUUGAAUAUGUAUGUGCGCUUGUUUCUGACUCUUCCCCGCGGUUCUCCUGCCCGUACAGCUGGCGUCUGGCUGAGUAUGGGUGGCUAAAGAGGAUGAAAAAGAGGCUUAUCAAGGACUAGCUAUACACGUGCUAAACUGGAAGGGAUUAUGGAAAGUCUCGCACGGAAGGCGAGGAAAAUGUGUCAUUUCCAAAAGAGAAAUGUAGAAGGAAAGUUCCUUGCUUUGUAAAAACACAAAUGAUCACAGCAAUGUUGUAGAGAGGAAAAGUGCUUUUGUUGUUGUUGCUCUACUGCAACUUUAAUAUUAAUCCGCUGACCACUGUGAGCCGGACAAGGGUACAUGUUCCCACAACUCACACUGCAGCACGACGUUCCUUUCACAGUGACGCUAAGUGUGCUACUAGACUAUAAACUGUCUUUUUAUAAUGUUUGUAAAAGGUCAUUUUGAGACGGAUCUUCAUAAUGUGACGUUCUUGAAGUGCUCUGUGCUGCAGCUGACGGAUGAUGGUUGCAUUGUAUAUGCACAUGGGGAUCAAUAUUUGCUUAACAAAUGAAAUGGCUUGUGAUUGCAGUCAAAGUUGAGGGCUGUCGCCUCAGUCUGCGUCCACAGGGCGCCGGCACUGCCAAACCAAACAUAUUGUGGUUUUAUUUUAUCCCUUAAAGAAUCCCUAAAAUAGCAACCAACACCGUAAUGAUGGACCCGUUUUGUUUUCACAUCGGGACCCUGUCUUUUGACCGGUCCAAAUAUGUUUUUUAAGUGUCAGAUAUGAUUAGCACUAUGCUGAUAACUACUUUUAAAAUCUGAUUUAAUAUUAUUGUUAUUAUGUAUUUACUAUGUAUCCCCUUAACUAACCUCUAAGCUUAAUCUACCUGUGAUUCUCACUGAUCUGAAACCACUGGGUUUUAUGGAGAAUGGAUAAAACUCAUUUAUUAUACCUUGGGAUUUUGAAUCAUGUCCAGACAUCAGGUCAGUGAAAUUUUUCUGUAAAUGACCCUCGGUUUAAACUUAAUAUGUAAAUGUAAUCAACAAUUGAUGUAUUCUUUAGAUUUAAAUCUCUUUAUUGUGAUUAUUCUGUAGUUGAUAUGAGUUGGCAUUGAGUAGUUAUGGUCUAUAACAGGCACAGAAACGGACAUCGUUGUGGUUCCACCAGGCUUCUUAUAAUCUUUGUGGUUAUUGGCAUGCUGUGGAUUUUUAUUCAUGUUUGACAAUAUAAAAUGAACAUUACAAACAUUUGGAAUAUUAUACUUCUGCAGCACAUUCAUAAUAAAGACAAAAUGCAUGCAA